AUGCUGACAUUUUUCACUCGGACGCGUUUUAGGCGCGCACCGACGUCAAUUCUACGACCAAAUACCAAAAGUUUCUACUCCACAAACCGCUCAGCCUUCAACUCGAAGACCUACUUUGCGGCAGCCACUUUGAUCGGCGCGUCUGGCAUAUGGUGGGUAAAUGGCACUAGGAAGGAUGUGCCCCGACUUGACCCUACACCAGUGGGGCACUUGGCCCCCGAGCCAGGCCCUUCCAAAGACGAUGUCACACAGAUGAUAUCGAAAGACGCAUACUCUUUCCAGGUCCGAGAUGUAACGGGUAUCAAUAGAUACGACGGAACUCAAUUAGCAUCUAACAGCCCCUGCGAAGACCGGUUCAUCCAUGGAAAGCUCUCCUCGCCGUGGAGCGAUGGUGAAUGGUUAUCAUGGGGCGUCUUCGAUGGCCAUGCUGGCUGGCAGACGGCGGAUCUGCUGACCCGGCAACUUUUACCACUUGUGCGCAACAGACUGAGCAAAAUCCAGCGGCCUUUAGAUGGCAGCAAAGUGGCAGAUAAAGCAAUCCAGCGCGCUAUUAUCAAUGGUUUCAUGGACCUCGACGACUCUAUCAUCAUGACGGCACAGGCAACCUCCGAAAGCAAGGAUUCCUUGCAAGAUAAGGCCAAGAAGCUUGCUCCUGCUUACUCUGGCUCAUGCGCUUUGUUGUCUCUGUAUGACUCGAAUACAGGCAAGCUGCAUGUUGCUUGUACUGGAGAUUCCAGGGCAGUCCUGGGACAAAAGGACUCUGAUGGAAAAUGGGAGGUGAUUCCCUUGUCAAUCGACCAAACUGGUUACAACGAAGAAGAGGUCGCCCGACUUUACAAGGAACACCCGGACGAGGAAGAUAUUGUCAAGAAUGGACGGGUUCUUGGAAUUGCAGUCUCCCGAGCAUUCGGUGACAGUCGCUGGAAGUGGCCUAUCGAUUUGCAGAGUGAUAUGAAGCGGAAAUUCAAUGGCCCUGCGCCCCUCACUCCACGAUACGAUGUCCGCACACCGCCAUACCUGACUGCCGAGCCGGUUGUGACGAGCACCAAGAUCGAUCCGAACAAGCCUUCAUUCUUGAUUAUGGCAUCGGAUGGCCUGUGGGACAACAUUUCUAGCAAGCAGAGUGUUGAUCUGGUAGCGAAGUGGCUGGAGCUAGGGAAGAAGGAAACGAGCAAGCUGGAGCCAUCAUAUGAACAGUGUGACUUUGGCAAAUUCCGCAAGGAUUUGGAUUGGAGGUUUGAGGAGGGGAGAACCACAGUUGAAGAUGAGAAUGCAGCAGUACAUCUGGUGCGCAACUCCCUUGGUGGCAAUUACCACGAACUGAUUGCAGGUCGGCUUGCCUUUGGCCCUCCUUUCUCUCGACGGAUCCGGGAUGAUAUUACUGUACAGGUAGUUUUCUUUAAUGUGGAAAAGUAA